GAUGCCCUGGUUUCAAGGAAAUAGCGUGCAACUUGCCAAAUACUCCCUUCAACUCCUCAUGAGAAAUCUCUCCGCCUCUAAGACCGUUCUGCCUGUGCUGACCUUAUUUACAAAGGAUCCAUGCCCCCUUUGUGAUGAAGCCAAGGAAAUACUGGAGCCUUACAAAAACAGGUUUAUUUUACAGGAGGUGGACAUCACACUUCCAGAAAACUCUGCUUGGUAUGAAAGGUAUAAAUUUGACAUCCCCGUCUUCCAUUUAAAUGGCCAGUUUCUGAUGAUGCAUCGAGUAGACAUCCCAAAACUUGAAAAGCAGCUCCAGAAACUUGAGCAGCAAGGUGCUGGAAGCUGGAGGACACCUUCAUGAUCCUCCACCCACUCUUGUCCAGACGGCGUCUUCCUAAGGACAUGACCAUGGCCUUUCCCGGCCUUAACAGAUGUUCUGAACUAGGUGGUGCCCAAUAUAUGGUGACAUUAUUCUUCUGACUGAUGGAAGUAUGGGAACAGGGUGGGAACUGUUUACCUGCUGGCAUUUUAUAAAAUGAGAGGAGCAUAUUGGCAGCAAGGGGAUAAUGGAGGAUGGGAGAAAUCCAUUUGUUUUAUUUAUUUUCCCUUUUGUAUUAAUAUGGAAGCCCUUUCACAUUCACUGGACAGUGCAGUUUAUAGGAAGAAGGUUCUGCAUCCUCCCUGCUGCUGCCCUAAGGGCUUAACUUUUUAAUGAAA